UGUUACACACAACCAUGGCUCGUUCAUUUUUCACUCGUUCUCUUACUUUCUUUCCCAAUUCAUUUUCACUUUCUUUCCUAAUUCAUUUUCAGUUUCAUUCUCACGUUCUUUUCCACGAUCAUUUUCCUUUCCAUUCUUCUUUUCCAUUCUUCUUUUCCAUUCUUCUUUUCUUUAUUUAAAGUCUCUUUUUAAAUCUAGCAAAUGCCUGAUCAUUCACCCCGAGAACGAAUUUGGCCUACGAUAUGGCUGCACAUGUCUCUGCUCACCACUAUAGGAGUUAAGAUAAACCUUGAAACCACAUUCUCACGCAACUUAGCCACCCCUAUUCAAACAUCUCCAUCCCAGCGUCCCCCAACAGCACCCCGCCAAUCCCAGCCUCAACCACCACCCAGUCCAACCACGCCCGCCACUCGCCCUCGGCACCCUCCAGGUCUCGCCACACGGCCCUCAACACCCGCUCGCAGCAGCCCUGCAUAUACCAACACACCCCCUCAGCGGCCCCAUCCCGCUCCAACGGCCCCAGCAGCACACAGUAGUGCGCAAGCAAGACCAGCGCGGCGGGUUCGCGGGCGCGCAGCAGGGUCACAAACGGCGGCUCUCCCACCGCGCCCCGGAUCCGCGCCGGCCAGAGCCGGAUGGCC